ACUUCAAAAAUCUAGACAAAAACAUUUCCCACUUUGAAAACAAACAGCAAAUUUAGCAACUCAUACACAAAUGCAUAAACUUUAAGCUGCAAAAUGCCUUCGCCAAGAAACGACGAUGAGAAUUCGAACGAGCUGGGUGGUGGCAGUGAUUCCGAGCGGGAAAAUGAGGAUCUGGCCAUGCUGAAGAUUGUUCUCAGGAAGCUGAAUGUCAACGAUCAGACGCUGCUGCAUCGCCAUGUUAGCCAUAUUCCAGAUGCUCUACAUAUGCUCUGGAGAUUGCAACAUCCACGGCUGAACUUUGAGUUGAUGCAACGGAAACUGCAUGGAUCCGAUCUGGAGUUGUUUCUACAGGAAAUGAUCACGGAUAUUCCCAGCAUUAAAUUUCGCAGUGAGAAUUUGCAGGACGAACUGAACAUCCUGGAACGGGCCAAUAUUGGACGUUUGCUUCACGUGAAAUGCUGCAUCAUUACCUGGGAAAAAUCGCCGAGCAAACAGAAUACCAAAUUCCCUCAUUGGCCAUUUCUCGCACUGCCAAAAUUGAUGAGCAAUCUGACCGAUCUGGAUGUCUACUGCCCAGUGCAGGAUUGCUUUAUUGACCAGUUUGGCAAAUUGGAAGCCCUGAAGAUCGCUGAAGAGAUUUCUCAACCAGCUAUGGAGGCCAUUUACUUGAGUGGCGCACCAUUGAAGUGCUUGAAUCUAUCGGGUUCUUAUACAUAUCCCAUGUGUUGCAUCUCAUACUGCAAUCAACUGAGCAACUUAUUCGUAAAUCUGGACACUUUUUUGGCCGGUCAAAAUGAGAUUCUACAGUUGCCAAAGCUUACUGAGCUGAAAAUCACUGAGAUUCGAGAAAACAAGGACACAACGAAAGCCCUAGCCAAUGUGGUGCAGACAAAAGGCAAUGAACUCGUGGGCAUUCAAAUUAAUUGCAUCUUUGAGGAUCAUGUCAAGUGCCUCAGUGAGUUGGCUCUAAAUCGCUGUAUGAAUCUGACGGAACUGCAGUUGUCCAAUUGCAUAUUUGCGUAUCAGGACAUGGCCAAGUUGUGUCUGCCCACUGCCAUAACCUUUGCUCGAUUCUCCAGCUGUCCAGAUCUCACUGAUGAACAGCUCUUGGAUUUUAUCAAGGCUAAUGCCCAAAUGGAGGAGCUUCUGCUGGAUCAGUGCCCAGAACUGACGGAAGAUCUACUGCAUGGUGUUCUUAAAGUGCGCAGCAGUGGCAUUAAACAAGUGCACUUGUUGCUCAGAAUUGCGAAAAGUCCGAAUCUUUGGGAUACAUAUCAACAGAACUUGAAGUAUUGGACACGAAAGCAAUCUAUUCUUAAAAUGGAAAGUUUGGAAAGUUCUGUCUCGGAGGACAUUGUUAUGCACUUUGACCUAGCUAAGGAAAAUGAAAAUUUAUAACCUGCUUUUAAGUGGCAUUCUUAGAACCCUUUAAUAAACGCAACUAUUGUACUAAGUCA